AUGAAUGGAGUUUCAUGCAUCAUAGUACAAGGCAAAAUUGUGUCAAUUCAAUUGUUAAAGAUAUAAUUGUUGGUUAGAAUAAUCUUUAUGCUAAUGAUGAUUGUAAUGAUAAAUUUGGAAACGCGGUAAAAGUAAAAAUAGAAUUUAUUUUCAAAUGAUUAUCAUUCUUCACUAGAGAUAGAUAUACUAGCUUAAAUUAAGUUAAUGAUAAAUAGUUCGGGCAAUAUUUAUGUCAAGAGUAAAUCCAAAAAAUUAGAUGUAGUCAAAGAAUUAUUUUGUUUUCAAUGA